AUGAAUGAAGAUAAUAAUGUCACUAGCUUCUGCGAGGCAACGUCAGCGACUAAAGAAGCAGCAUUUUACUUCCUCGAACGCUUUAACUGGAAUCUCGAAGGCGCCAUCUCUGGUUUCCUUCGUGAUCCUCCACUCAAAUAUCCAUUUCCUCAGUCACAAGCACCACGGAGGUUUAAGGCGUUGCCAUAUCGAUCUCGAAUUUCUUUCAAACGAAGGUGCUCUGCUACCUCUGCCUCGGAUUCUAAGCGUAAGAUGGUCCAAGAUGAAAUAACCAUAAUGAGAAGCUCUGACACCGAUGCUUUGGCCACCAGUUUGGAUGAUAGUAGAGAGCUUCAUGAUUCUGAUGAUGUAUUCUAUGGAGAAGAAAUUGUGUCUAUACCUAAUCCUAUAAUUCAGGAGUAUAAGUAUAAGGAAAAGGGAUCAUCAUCAGUCACAGCUACAAAGAUUUGUGAACCCACCUCCAUAGAAAUUGACUUGCCCUGCUCGGAUCCUGAUUCGGACUCUGACUAAAGCUGAAUGGGACUUUUUUUUUGACAUGGAAGCAGAUUGAUGUAUGAAUCCUUUCCUUUUGGUACUUUAUCCAUCAAACUCUACCAUCUCUACUCUUAGCUUGUCCGUGCUUCCUUUUGUUCUUUCUCUUUCUCGGUUCCAC